CGCGCCGGCAGGGGCAGCAGCGGGAGCGGCGCGAGCGGCCAGGAGCGGCCCGGCUGUGCCCGGCGAGGAGGCGGCGGCGGCAGCGGCAGCGGCAGCGACGCCAGAGCCCGUGGGUGCCGUUCGCGAGGCCGCCGCAGGGGUCCGGCCGCGGCGCGGGGAGGCCCGGGGGCCGGGGGCCGCCGCUGCCGCCAUGCCGCUGCUCUUCCUCGAGCGCUUCCCCUGGCCCAGCCUGCGCACCUACACCGGCCUCAGCGGCCUGGCCCUGCUCGGCGCCGUCGUCAGCGCCUACCGCGCCCUCAGCCAGCCCGAGGCCGAGGCCGGGCCCGGGCCCGGGCCCGGCGAUCCGGAGCCCAUAACGGCCCCGGCGCAGCCCGACCCCACCGCGGCCGCCCGGCCGGGCGCCGGAGGGCCCGGGGUCAGCGACGUGGCCCAGUACCUGCUCUCCGACAGCCUGUUCGUGUGGGUCCUCGUGAACACCGCCUGCUGCGUGCUGAUGCUGGUGGCCAAGCUGAUCCAGGGGGUGGUGUUCGGCCCCCUGCGCGUGAGCGAGAGGCAGCACCUCAAAGACAAGUUUUGGAAUUUUAUUUUCUACAAGUUCAUUUUCAUUUUCGGCGUGCUGAACGUGCAGACAGUGGAAGAGGUGGUCAUGUGGUGCCUCUGGUUCGCCGGGCUGGUGUUCCUGCAUCUGAUGGUGCAGCUCUGCAAGGACCGGUUCGAAUAUCUCUCUUUCUCCCCCACCACCCCGAUGAGCAGCCACUGUCGAGUCCUGUCCCUGCUGGUCGCGAUGCUGCUGUCCUGCUGCGGGCUGGCGGUGGCCCGCUGCGUCACGGGCUACUCCCACGGCAUGCACACGCUGGCCUUCAUGGCGGCGGAGUCUCUUCUGGUCACUGUGAGGACUGCACAUGUGAUUUUACGAUACGUCAUCCACCUGUGGGACCUCAGCCACGAGGGGACGUGGGAAGGGAAGGGGACGUGCGUCUACUACACGGACUUCGUCAUGGAGCUCACGCUCCUGUCCCUGGACCUCGUGCACCACGUCCACAUGCUGUUAUUCGGCAACAUCUGGCUGUCCAUGGCCAGCCUGGUCAUCUUCAUGCAGCUGCGCUACCUGUUCCACGAGGUGCAGCGUCGCAUCCGCCGGCACAAGAACUACCUGCACGUCGUCGGGAACAUGGAGGCCAGGUUCGCGGUGGCAACCCCCGAGGAGCUGGCUGUCAACAACGACGACUGUGCCAUCUGCUGGGACUCCAUGCAGGCUGCGCGGAAGCUGCCCUGCGGACACCUUUUCCACAACUCCUGUCUCCGCUCUUGGCUGGAACAAGACACCUCCUGCCCGACGUGCAGGAUGUCCCUGAACAUUGCGGACAACAGCCGUGGCCGGGAGGACCGCCAGGGGGAGAACCUGGAGGAGAACCUGGUGCCUGUCGCCGCCGCCGAAGGCCGGCCUCGCCUAAACCAGCACAACCACUUCUUCCACUUCGACGGGUCCCGGAUUGCGAGCUGGCUGCCGAGUUUCUCGGUUGAAGUGAUGCACACCACCAACAUCCUCGGCAUCACGCAGGCCAGCAACUCCCAGCUCAAUGCCAUGGCGCACCAGAUUCAGGAGAUGUUCCCCCAGGUCCCCUACCCGCUCGUGCUGCAGGACCUCCAGCUGACGCGCUCGGUGGAAGUGACCACAGACAACAUUCUGGAAGGACGGAUUCAGGUCCCUUUCCCCACGCAGCGGCCAGAUGGCAUCAGACCUGCACUGAACAGCCCCGUGGAAAGGCCGAGCGGGGACCCGGAGGAGGGAACAGCUUCCGCUCAGACGGAGCGUGUGCCGCUGGACCUGAGUCCCCGGCUGGAGGAGGCGCUGGACUUCAGCGAGGCGGAGGCGGAGGCGGAGCCCAGCGAGGGGGAGGACUUCGAGGCUCGGGGCAGCCGCUUCUCCAAGUCGGCCGACGAGAGGCAGCGCAUGCUGGUGCAGCGGAAGGACGACCUCCUGCAGCAGGCUCGCAGGCGUUUCUUGAACCGAAGUUCUGAAGACGACUCGGCUUCAGAGGGCGGCCUGGCCUCGGACAGUACCACCUCCGACCCCGUGACCCUGCGCCGGAGGAUGCUGGCCGCGGCCGCAGAGCGGAGACUCCAGAAGCAGCAGACCUCCUAGCGCUGCCCGGCCUCCCGCAGCCACCGCCUCCCCAGCAGCGCGCCCGCCCGGAGGCCUGGCCUCGCCCGCCGGCCGCUCGGAGCGGUGGGCCCGACUGCACCGCCGCUGUAUAAAGCAUGUGGUCGUCAUAGUGUUCGGACAGCUGACAAGUUUAAUCCUGUUUUGUAAUACUUUCUAUGUGACAUUUCUGUUCCCUCUGGAAACACCGCACAUUGUAACUCCAGGCAUGACUUCUGGCGUUGACUGGACCUCUCCGGGGUGGGGGAGACGAGGAGGGAGUGGGCGGCCGGAGACCCUGAGGCCGGCAGCUCUGAUGACUGCUCUGUGCAGGAGUCCCAGCACGCGCCGGCGUCUGGGCCCCACGCCUGGCAGGAAGCGGGGGUGGGGCCAGGGCCCGGGAGGCCCCACUCCGCACCGCUAGAGGGGCCAGCUGGCUGCAGGCUGGCCUUAGUCAGGAGGCAUCCACAAGGUCCAGAGCCUGGGCCCCUGGCUGGCAGGGCGCCUUGGACGGACUGCGCCAGGUUUGAUGCCCGGAGCAGGAGCAGCACCGGGCUGUGGAGUGGGGGCAGGUGCCCCAGUGUCCCAGUACAUCCGGGACUUCCCUUCCGACCCCGUCGAAACUGGCUUUAUUAACGUUGAUGCCGGUGCUCCUGCGUCUCUUGCGUCCACCCCGUGUGUCUGUCUUCUCCUGUCUGCCUUUCCCGGCCGCCGGACUCGGGCGCACAGCACGGAAGGGGUGGAGCAGCCAGCUCUGGGCUGCGGUUCGCAGUCCUUGGUCAGUGCGGGGCGAUGCCUGAGGCUGUGGGUUUGGUCCUGGGAGGAAAUGUGGGCGUUAAAGGCGGGCAAGGGCAUCCUGGAGGGCUUUACUGAAGAAAUAAAAGGUAUCUUUUGUAUCUUCCUCCUCCAAAGCCCUUCAUUUCGUAGCCGUGUUGCUGUUGGUUUGAUUGAACUUGGAAAGGCGAGAUGUCGAGCCCAUCUGCCGUGGAGGGACCCAGGUCCUGGCCCUUUUCAAACCCUUUACCGUUGGUUUAACUUGGAGGGUUUGAAACACGCGGCGAUAGGUCCCAGCGCUCAGUUUCAUGUCCUGUUGGACUAUGGUUUUUUUUUUUUUUUAAUGUUUGAAAGCAUAGUUUUUCAGUAGUCCUUUUUAGGGGAGAAUCCAGUAUUAUCUAAAAUUAUUGGCGAAGUGAAAUGUAUUUUAAACCGGAAGUUUCUAGCGUGUUGACAAGUGAUGGAGGCAAAGAGGGAUGAAGUACAUGCUUAGGCAGAGGUAAUUUAUUUCAAUAAAUCUUUCAAAAGCCUUACCUUUGAAACACUGUUAGUAAAUUUCUGUGAUUUUUUU